CUACCAUCACCCUGCCAAAUAAUCACCUCCCUCAUCAACCAAAUUAAGUCCCUCCCCCCGCCCUCACCAACUACAUCUCCACCCUCCAACCCCCUUAACACUGUCUCCGCAUCAGCCCGCCAACUCUUCAUGUCUCUCCACUGCCUCCUGCCGUCCGCAUUUCUCCCGGCUCUCGAUCUCCUGGAUAAAUCCCUGGUGACCAGAUACACAACCGACUCCGGAAACUCUGUGUACUACGUGAAGUCCACACAGUCGCUGUCACGGGGAAAGUUUUCGACUGCUGGGCCCGUUUAUGAGGUUAGAACUAAGGCGUGGAGCUGUAGUUGUUCUAGGUUUGCGUUUGAGGCUUUUGGGGGGUUGGGGGUUUGGGGGGAAGAUAAACAGGAGGUAGAUGGGGAGGGGGAGGGAGGAGAGGAUGGGUGGAGGUGGGGCGGGAAGAUUGGAGGUGGGAGUCCGCCGGUUUGUAAGCAUCUUGUUGCUUGUGUGCUGACCGAGAGGUGCUCGGAGAUGCUAGGGGGGUAUAUAAUUGAGAAGAGGGUUGGGUUGGAGGAGUUGGUUGAGAUGGCCUUUUCGUGA